AUGAGAAGCUCUUGGUUCCAUAAACUAUCACUGAUUUUCGGCCCUAGACCGCCACGCAACUGGUUACUUCUGUGUCUGGUUAGCAUCUUUGUUCUGAUUGCAUUAUUUGGAUCAUCUUCCCCAAGUGCACUUGAUUCUGCGAGUUCUUCUGUGAGAUCCGACAUCUAUACAAACUAUAGAAGGCUAAAGGAGCAAGCAGCAGGUGAUUAUUUGGAGUUGAGGAAUCUGGUAACCAAUCAUGUGAAGGAUUUUGGUCUUUGUUGGAAGGAAAGAGAUUAUGUGCCUUGCUAUAACGUGUCUGCAAAUCUGCUGGCUGGUUUUCAAAAUGAGGAAGAGUUUGAUCGGCACUGUGAAAUAUCACGAGAUCGACAGCAUUGUUUGGUUCGUCCCCCGAAGGACUACAAAAUUCCUUUGACUUGGCCAGCUAGUAGGGAUGUUGUAUGGAGCGGUAAUGUGAAGUUCAGUAAAGACCAAUUCCUUUCAUCUGGAAGCAUGACAAAAAGGUUAAUGUUGCUAGAAGAAAAUCAAAUUUCUUUCCGUUCAGACGAUGGGAUGAUUAUUGAUGGUGUUAAGGAUUACUCUCACCAGAUUGCUGAAAUGAUAGGGUUGAGAAGUGACACUGAAUUUCUCCAAGCUGGUGUACGCAAUGUGCUUGAUAUUGGUUGCGGGUUUGGUAGCUUUAGUGCUCAUCUGCUCUCACUUAAGUUGAUGGCUCUCUGUAUGGCAGCAUAUGAGCCAACAGGUAGCCAGGUUCAGCUAGCCCUUGAGAGAGGUCUCCCAGCAAUCAUUGGCAACUUCAUCUCAAGACAGCUCCCAUUUCCAUCCUUGUCAUACGACAUGGUCCACUGCACUCAGUGUGGCAUUGUCUGGGAUGAAAAAGAUGGGUUGUUUCUUAUUGAAGUCGAUAGAUUACUAAGGCCAGGAGGUUACUUUGUUUUAACCUCACCUAGAAGCAGGCAGCAGGGAAUUUCCAUGGACACAAAGAAAGGAAGCAUGUCUACUCCAUUUGAAGAAUUCACCCAAAAAAUUUGUUGGAAUCUUUUGGUACAGCAAGAAGAGACUUUCAUCUGGCAGAAAACUGCAGAUGCUCAAUGCUAUAAAUCUAGCAAAAAAGGCACUUUACCACUUUGUUCAGGAGACGAUGUCCAUUUGUAUUAUCAACUGCUUCCACAGUGUGUAAGUGGGACAGAUAGCAAGCGAUGGAUCCCAAUUCAGAAAAGAUCUUUUGGUUCUCUGAGCUCUGCUGAGCUUGAAGUCCAUGGAGUUAAUCCUGAAGAUUUCUCUGAAGACAUGGAAUUCUGGAGAUCUGCUUUAAGAAAUUAUUGGUCAUUGCUUUCACCCUUGAUUUUCUCUGACCAUCCAAAGAGACCAGGAGAUGAAGAUCCGUUGCCUCCGUAUAAUAUGGUUCGGAAUGUGAUGGACAUGAGCGCCAAUUAUGGAGGUUUAAAUGCUGCAUUACUGGAAGCAAGAAAAUCAGUGUGGGUAAUGAAUGUUGUGCCGACAAGUGAACAUAAAACACUUCCUCUCAUCCUUGACCGAGGUUUUACGGGCAUCUUGCAUGACUGGUGUGAACCUUUUCCUACUUACCCACGGACGUAUGACAUGCUUCAUGCCAACGGACUCCUGUCACAUCUUGCUUCAGAGGGAUGCAGUAUGAUUGAUUUACUAUUCGAAAUGGAUCGUAUUCUUCGGCCAGAGGGAUGGGUUAUUAUUUCCGAUAAGGUUGGUCCUAUAGAAAGAGCACGAACGCUCGCUACACAGCUUCGCUGGGAAGCCCGCGUCAUUGAUCUUCAGAAUGGCAGUGACCAGCGGCUACUAGACCAUCCAGUUUUUCGUACUCUGGAUCCAAUCCUGCGCAAUAUGGUCUUGAUGUGGACAGAAAUAUCAGCCGAGGAUAUUGGAAACAGAAAAUUUUUGAAGUCGUAG